CAGUUGAAAAGGUCCCCACAACUCUACAAGCACAUGAGAGAGAAAGACAGAGAAAAAGAGUAACCUUAAUUGGGAAGAGACCCACCACAAAGGAAGGACAAUUCCAUUUCCAUUUCAACAAGAUCUCUGUCUGUCUCACUCCAAACAUCAUACCAAACUCUACAAAGGAAUCAUUUUUCAUUCUCUGUUCAACUCACUCACUCACUCAGUCCAUAACAACAGAGAAUAUGUCAAACAGCAAUGAAGAUUCUUCUACUUCCAAUCUGAAUUCAAGCAAACCACCUCCGAAGAAGACAAAAACACUUGCUUCCCUCAAUCUAAGAGUCUCAGUUGAUGCUGCUCCUGAUAACAACAAUAAUAAUAAUAACAAUAAUAAUAAUGGAAUUUCAUCUUCAGCUAAAACUAACAAAACAGAUUUCUCAGACCAACAAUGGAACUACCCUUCUUUCCUUGGCAUUGGCAGCACCUCCAGAAAAAGAAGACCACCACCACCACCUCCUCCUCCUUCCAAACCUUCCAACACCCUUCCUCCUCCUCCUCCUCAUCAUCAUCAUCAUCCUCGUCCCAUCUCCAACAAAACCUCUUCCUCUUCACUUCUUCCACCACCUUCAUCUACCCCCAUCACCAGACAACAACACUCUAUCUCCUCUCCCAUCUUCUAUCUCCUCAUUAUCACUUGUAUUAUUUUUGUACCCUAUUCAAUUUAUCUACAAUACAACCUUGCCAAACUCAAGGAUAUGAAACUUCACCUCUGUUGUCAAACUGAUUUAUGUUAUGGGAAUGGAAAAACAUCUAUACAAAAAGAUGUUGUUGAUAAUGAUGAUGAUGAUGGUUCCCUUUCUUUUGACAUCCUGAAUGCUGAUAGUAGAACAAUUUCUUUGUAUAUUGUACUAUUCACACUCCUUUUGCCUUUUGUAUUGUACAAAUAUCUUGAUUAUCUUCCUCAAAUAAUUAAUUUCUUGAGAAGAACAGAAAGUAACAAGGAGGAUGUACCAUUAAAGAAGAGAAUUGCUUAUAUGGUAGAUGUGUUUUUCUCCAUAUAUCCUUAUGCAAAGCUACUUGCCCUUCUUUCUGCAACUCUCUUUCUUAUAGCAUUUGGUGGUUUAGCAUUGUAUGCCGUUACUGGCGGUAGCUUGGCCGAAGCACUUUGGCAUUCUUGGACUUAUGUAGCUGAUGCAGGAAAUCAUGCUGAAACAGAAGGAACCGGCCAGAGAAUCGUCUCUGUCUCAAUUAGUUCGGGUGGCAUGCUUAUAUUUGCCAUGAUGCUUGGGCUUGUUUCCGAUGCUAUAUCAGAGAAGGUGGAUUCUCUUAGAAAAGGGAAGAGUGAAGUGAUAGAAAAAAACCAUAUACUCAUCCUUGGCUGGAGUGACAAAUUGGGUUCACUUUUGAAGCAGCUAGCGAUAGCAAAUAAGAGUGUCGGUGGUGGUGUUAUUGUGGUGCUUGCAGAAAAGGAAAAGGAGGAAAUGGAAAUGGAUAUAACAAAGCUGGAAUUCGAUUUCAUGGGGACAUCUGUAAUAUGUAGAAGUGGCAGUCCACUUAUACUGGCUGACCUAAAGAAGGUUUCAGUUUCAAAGGCACGUGCAAUCAUUGUGUUAGCUUCGGACGAAAAUGCAGAUCAGAGUGAUGCGCGCGCUUUGAGAGUUGUUCUUAGCUUAAAUGGUGUAAAGGAGGGCUUAAGGGCGCAUGUUGUUGUGGAGAUGAGUGACCUUGACAAUGAACCCCUAGUGAAACUUGUUGGUGGAGAACUCAUUGAAACAGUUGUCGCACAUGAUGUAAUUGGACGUUUGAUGAUUCAGUGUGCUCUGCAGCCAGGCCUUGCACAGAUAUGGGAGGAUAUUUUGGGAUUUGAGAAUGCCGAGUUUUACAUAAAACAAUGGCCUGAACUGGAUGGUCUUCUUUUCAAAGACAUAUUAAUUUCAUUUCCUGAUGCAAUACCCUGUGGAGUUAAGGUUGCUGCAGAUGGAGGGAAGAUUGUCAUAAAUCCAGAUGAUAAUUAUGUUCUGAGAGAUGAUGAUGAAGUCCUUGUCAUAGCCGAGGAUGACGAUACCUAUGCUCCAGGCCCUCUGCCAGAGGUACGCAAGGGCUAUUUCCCUAGGAUACGUGACCCCCCUAAAUAUCCAGAGAAGAUCUUAUUUUGUGGCUGGCGCCGUGACAUAGACGAUAUGAUCAUGGUUUUAGAAGCAAUGUUAGCCCCUGGUUCAGAACUCUGGAUGUUCAAUGAGGUUCCUGAAAAGAAAAGAGAGAGGAAACUUGCAGCUGGUGAACUUGACGUUUUUGGGCUAGAGAACAUAAAGCUUGUCCACAGGGAGGGAAAUGCUGUCAUUAGGCGGCACCUGGAGAGUCUUCCAUUAGAGACUUUUGAUUCUAUCCUUAUUCUUGCAGAUGAGUCGGUGGAGGACUCUGUUGCUCAUUCUGACUCAAGAUCCCUGGCUACCCUUCUGCUCAUUCGUGAUAUACAGUCGAGACGUCUACCAUACAAAGACACAAAGUCAACUUUGAGGUUAUCUGGAUUCUCUCACAACUCAUGGAUCCGUGAAAUGCAGCAAGCUUCAGACAAAUCAAUUAUAAUUAGUGAAAUUUUGGAUUCUAGGACUAGAAAUCUAGUUUCCGUGUCCAGAAUAAGUGAUUAUGUAUUAUCUAAUGAGCUGGUUAGCAUGGCACUAGCUAUGGUGGCCGAAGACAAACAAAUCAACCGUGUUCUUGAGGAAUUAUUCGCGGAGGAGGGGAAUGAAAUGUGCAUUAAGCCAGCAGAGUUCUAUUUAUUUGACCAGGAGGAGCUUUGUUUUUACGACAUAAUGAUUAGGGGCCGUACAAGAAAGGAGAUUGUUAUAGGUUAUCGUCUUUGCAACCAAGAACGUGCUACUAUCAACCCUUCAGAAAAGUCAGUUACAAGAAAAUGGUCUCUUGAUGAUGUUUUUGUUGUUAUUGCCUCGGGCGAAUGACAGAAGAAAGGAAUAGUACCAUUAAUCAUGUUCCUUAUGUUAUGCCCUCAUUGUGUUUCAUGCAUGCCUACACACUAUGAUGACCAUUCCUUUCCCUCCCCAUUUAACUUGCAAAAGGUACUGACAUUGGCAGCUAGUUAGCUGUUAAUAGCAGCUGGGAAUUUGAAGGAUUCCUUAAAUUUGGAAGGAACAUGAUUUUUCCGGUUCGACAAAUUCCUCAAGAUAUUGAUUGACCGUGUUAUUUAAUGUGUACUGUUGUAUUUGGAACGUUAGUGUAACUUGUAACAUAAUCUUUCUUAAAUAGAUGUAGUUGACUAGGGACGAAUACAAGUUGCAGAUGGUAACAUAUAUUUAGAAACUUUGAACUCAAUCAGAAUGAGAAAGAUGUUGUACUGAUUCAAAGU